UCACAGGUCAGCCUAACAGCCAGGAAGAAGACAUUGCACCACUGUGAAGGCGGAAAAGUAUGAUUUCCAUCAGCAUGAUCUUCACCGCUCUGACAACAGCAGCUCUGGUGAUAACAGCAGCUCUAGCAACAGGAUCAGUUGAAUGUAAUUUCUCAAAAGGUACCGGAGCUCAGAUGUGUUUUGGAGCAGUGGGGCAGCUGUUGAUUUUUCAACUGUCAAAGACAUCUAAUACAGAAAUGACUUUAAUAAAGGAUGAUAAAUAUAUAAUUUUAAAAAUACAAAAGAAUCAGAAAGUGACUCUGCAUGAAGAAUAUGUGAAUCAGUCUGCACUCUUCAACGAUGGAACAAUCAAACUGGGAAAAGCAAUGAAGAGACACACUGGAAACUAUGUGCUGGAAGAAUUUGGAUCUGAAGGGGUUUUAUUGAAAAAAGUCAAUGUGCAUCUAAUAAUACAAGCUCCAGUGUCAAAGCCAGCUGUUUCUCAGACGUGUUUGUCACCAGAACAGAUGAACAUCAGCUGCUCCUCUGAGGGAGAUGGAACAGAGUUCAUUCUGACUUUGGAUGAUCUCUUACUGUACAAUAGUAAAGUAAACAUGGAGUCACUGGCUGAUAGUACAGCAAAACAAAACAAAUCAAGUAAUUCAAAUGUUACCAUCAGCCUACACGGUCAGCUGACAGGAAACCUGAAGUGUCUUGUUUUAAACAACAUUAGCAGAGAUGAAACAGUUAUUCACCUGAAAAGCUGCAAAGAUUUAGUUUCUUCCUUCCCUGUUGUGACUGUGGCUGUGGCAGCUGGUGUUGUUGCUCUCCUUCUCCUUGUGGCGCUGUGUCUUGGAGUCCUAAAACCUCGUAACCAACCCAGACCCACAACUACCAAUGAGGGUAAGUGA